UUGACAAGUGACAAAUUUUUGCUAUAUAAGAAUCAAUAAAUGAGAGUCGAUCCUUAUCAAGCUUAAAGUUUCCGUUUCAAGAACUUCUAAAUUCAGUGAAACUAUGGCAACUUCUACUGCAACUGGAGACAAGUACAGGGAUUAUUUGACUGAAGAGGAUAUCAAAAACACCAAAUGGAAUUUUGGUCCUCCAAACUAUGAUGAUGUAAAUCAGCUGUUUGAAGAAGGGAGAACUAAUAUAUGGCCUGAAGGAUCACCUGAAGAGAAAGUGCAGAGGCUUGUGAAGACAUGGGAAAUGGAACUGGUACACAAGGCAGAUCCAAAUCAGUACAAGACCCUUGAUGCAAAGAAAUUCAAACUUAGUGUCAAUGGUAGAAAGUUUUUGACAUUGGAAGAAAUGAUUAAGAUUGGGGGAAGCUACAACGUGUUUCUACAGACAUCCUUGCCAAAAUCUUUAAGAUUCUACGAUCCUGAUGAGGAAACAGCUGAUUCCUCACAAACACUUUUCAAAUCAACAUUCGCGCGGGGAUUUGCAUUGGAGAUUCUUGAAUUGUAUUCAGGACCUCCUAAAAUUGUGUACAAAUUCAGGCAUUGGGGUUUCAUGGAGGGCCCUUUUAAAGGACAUGCUCCUACCGGCGAAAAAUUGGAAGUUUUUGGGAUUGGCAUUUUUGAGUUGGAUGAAGACUCCAAGGUUGUGAAGGUGGAGUUCUUUAGUGAUCGUGGAGAACUGUUGGCCGGUCUGAUUAAGGGUAAAACCUUGGAUAAUUCCACUGAGGCGACACCUUCUGGCUGCCCUUUAAUGUCUGGCUAAUGGGAUAGCAUUGUGGAUGAAGUAGCCUUUUCAGCAGCUAUGAACUUUUUAAUAAAGGAACUGUUUGUUAAUUAUGUUAGAUGAAUAAAUCAGGAAUGUAUUGAAUGGAUAGAAAUUCUGUUCCGUAGAAAAUGUAUUCCUUUAAGGAUUUUCAAAUUAAUUGCUGCAUUUAUAUUUCUUUUGUUGGAUUUUAUGUAUAAUUUAUGACAAUAGUCGUUCUGGUUUUUGUA